AGGCACGGGGAAAACAGGAGGAAUCAGUGGGCAAGAUGAUUCUUCUGAGAGCGAUGGCGAAACAGAGCCAGCCAGGGCCUUCCACAGACGGAUUUCCACCAAUAAAGAGAUUAAGAGCGCCGCCUGCACCAAGGAUGGAUACCUGAUGAAACAGACCAGCUCCUUCCAGAGAUGGAGACGAAGAUAUUUUAAACUCAAAGGAAGAAAACUGUACUAUGCAAAAGAUCAUUCGUCUGAGAUAUUUAAUGAGAUUGAGCUGACGGAUUUAAGUCUGGCGGAAUGUAGCACCAAAAACAUCAACCACAGUUUUCAGGUAAUCACACCUUUUCGUAACUUAGUGCUGUGCGCCGAGAGUCGCCGGGAGAUGGAGGAGUGGAUAUCCGCUUUAAAAUCUGCCUCCAACCGGGAGUACUAUGAGUCGAGUAGUGACCACAAAGAGAUGAUGUCCGGACAACACAACUGGUACGCCUGCUCUCAUGCUAGACCAACAUACUGUAACGUGUGCCGCGAAGCGCUUUCAGGAGUUACCUCUCAUGGCUUGUCAUGUGAAGUGUGUAAGUUCAAAGCCCACAAGCGAUGUGCAGUACGUGCUAAUUAUAACUGUAAAUGGACAACGCUGGCAUCUAUAGGGAAGGACAUUAUAGAGAAUGAAGAUGGGAUUGCCAUGCCCCACCAGUGGAUAGAGGGUAACCUUCCUGUCAGUGCUAAAUGUGUGGUCUGUGACAAGACGUGUGGGAGUGUCCUGCGAUUACAAGAUUGGAGGUGCUUAUGGUGCAGAGCCUUGGUGCACUCAAGCUGCCGGGAGCAGUACCCUAAGGUAUGCCCCUUAGGUCAGUGUCGUAUAUCUGUGCUACCCCCCACAGCCAUCAACAGCACAGACUCUGAUGGCUACUGGGAGGCAUCUCGACCCCCAGGGACAAGUCCUCUACUCGUCUUUGUGAACACUAAAAGUGGGGACAAUCAGGGAGUUAAAUUUUUACGUCGAUUCAAACAGUUGUUAAAUCCUGCUCAAAUCUUUGAUCUCAUGAAUGGGGGACCACAUGCAGGGCUACGUCUGUUCCAGAAGUUUGAUCCAUUCCGUAUCUUGGUGUGUGGAGGAGAUGGCAGUAUAGGUUGGGUUCUGUCAGAAAUAGACAAACUAGAUCUUCACAAGCAGUGCCAGGUAGGAGUGUUGCCGUUUGGUACAGGUAAUGACCUGGCUCGUGUGCUAGGCUGGGGAGGGGCCAUAGAUGAUGACACACAAUUACCUGCCAUACUGGAGAAGUUAGAACAUUCACAGAUUAAAAUGCUAGACAGGUGGAGUAUAUGGACGUACGAAGGAACAAUGCCACCUCCACGAAAACUCUCUCAACAGUUUGACCCUAUAUCUGUAUAUGAAGAUUCUGUGGCAGCACAUCUGUCCAAGAUUCUUCAUUCUGAUGACCACGCCACUGUUAUCUCAUCAGCCAAAGUUUUGUGUGAAACUGUGAAGAACUUUGUGGCUAAGGUUGGAGAGGACCAAGAGAAAGACGGGGAUGAAAGUGAAGAGUCUAUAACACAAAAGUGUGUGGUAUUGAAUGAAAAAUUAAAAAAUCUGCUUUCUACACUUAACCAAGAGGCCAAAGCUUCAACUCAGGAAGAAAUCCAGCCCGUGGAGGAAGUGAUCGUGGGGUCACCAGAGAGGGACACAGUGCCAGGGGAGAUAACUGGACCAACACGCAAAACUAGAAUAGGAACAUUCAAGUCCAAGAAUGCCUUAAUGUGUCGAGCAAACAGUCUGAAGAAAGCUGUGCGUCAGAUCAUAGAGCACACAGAGAAAGCUGUUGAUGAGCAGAACGCCCAAACGGAGCAGCACAGGUUGGAGUUGGAGGAGCGGUUACACGGCCUGGACGUGGGCGACAACCGUAUCAUGGGUCUGCAGGCGUCUAGUCACACGUCACGGUCAGCGCCUACAUUUGUGGGCAUGGAAGACACACCCAGAAUACCCACUGUCACCUUCAGGGAGCCAGAGGGUUCACUGUCCCCUAAGGGCCCCACGUCGCGUCGUAUCAGCAGUAUGAGUACCUUUAACAAGUCUGCCAGUGUGGGUUCAAACCUCAGCAGUCGUGGACGGGACAAGAGCCCGUCAUCCAUGCCCGCACCUGCCCCACCUGAGCAGCCAACUGUCACCACACUGCCCUUCCUGGGCUUAGGCGUUCAGGGACUAACAGCUUUUCCCAGUUUAAGCAGCAGUAUAGCAGGCCGACUAGCAGGAGGUAGUUUUAUCAGUAAGGUGUUGUUGGCAAACGCUGACGCUCUCUGUGCUGCGGCUUCACCGUUGAUACAAGAAGACAUUCCACUGUCAGAGUAUGAAGAAAAAUGUGUGAUGAAUAAUUAUUUUGGAAUUGGUUUGGACGCAAAAAUAACUCUUGACUUCAACAACAAACGAGAAGAGCACCCUGAAAAGUGCAGGAGUCGAACAAAAAACUUCAUGUGGUAUGGAGUUAUAGGUGGAAAGGAGAUGCUUCAGAAAACGUUUAAAAACCUGGACCAGAGGGUACAGUUAGAGUGUGAUGGCCAGAGGAUACCUUUACCCAGCUUACAGGGCAUUGUCAUACUUAACAUACCAAGUUACGCUGGUGGGUCCAAUUUCUGGGGGGGCCGUAAAGAACAUGAUAAUUUUACAGCUCCAAGUUUUGAUGAUAAGGUGUUAGAAAUCGUGGCAGUAUUCGGCGGAGUCCAGAUGGCAAUGUCUCGUGUGUUGGAGUUUCAGCAUCACAGGAUAGCACAGUGUCGCACCCUGAAGAUAACGAUCAUGGGGGACGAGGGUGUACCUGUACAGGUAGACGGAGAGGCCUGGAUCCAACCCCCAGGGUACAUCCGCAUAGAGCACAAAAACAGGGCACAGAUGUUAACACGCGAUCGGUCUUUCGAAAACGUUUUGAAAUCCUGGUCCGAAAAACAGAAGAUGGAUCGGCCAAUUACAAUUCAAUCACAGUCGUUAAAUGAAGAAGAGGCAGCAAUUUUACAGAACUUCAUCGAAGUUGCAACAUUGUUAAUAAAAAGUGUCAAAGUGGCUGCUUUGAGCCACAGUACAGUAGAGCAGGAGUUAUUUCCCUUGGCCACUCUUGCUUCAGACUGUUUGGAUCGACUUUACCCCUCAGGAAGAUUACUAGAGCCGACUCCUCGUAGCCAGGUGAUAGAGUUCAUCCUCAGUGUCAAGUCCCUGUACAACGACACAGGUGUCUUCCUGGCUGAUAAGGCCACUGUACUGCCAAUAAAUCCGGAGGUCCAGGACAAGCUGAACUCAGCGCUGGCUCAGACGGAGGUGGAGUUACGAAAGGUGAUGGACAUAGCAGGCGUGUUACAAGCCCAACAGUUCAGUCAGUACCCAGCCCAUACAGAUGAGGUGGCCUUCGUGGAACACAAACACCACAAGAAAGGCAAAUUAAAACAAGUGUUUGGCAAGAUUAAAGGUCGCAGCAAGGAGAAAGAUCGUGAUUCUGGGAACAUUCCACAAGUGUAUAAUGUGCACCACUGGACGAGUGAGGAGGUGGGCUUGUGGUUAGAAAGCCUUGGGCUUAGCGAAUACAAGAACUCGUUUGAGAGCCACGAUAUACGAGGGUCAGAACUCUUAGCAUUGGAGCGAAGGGACCUAAAGGACUUGGGCAUUUCCAAAGUAGGUCACCUGAAGCGAAUACAGCAUGGGAUCAAAGAUUUAAUAACUCGAAGUGCAGCUUACGAACGUGCGACAAGCGGAAGCACGUGACAACAGCACUCCUGACUUACCUCCCCUUUUUUAAAGUAGUCCACUGCAGUAUCUGUGAUAGUCUCUCUAUGACUUCAUUGUAAAGGGCAAGGUUGUGGCGUCAGGUAAUACAGGGUCAAGGUCAUGGCCUUGAAUGACCUCAAUUUGAGAUGGAAGCAAAAAGCCAAGAUUAGGGUAACCAUUGUAACAGCACAGGUGAAAAAAUUGCUUUCUGUCAUUUACGGAUGACAAAGAUACUUUUUUCUAUUCUUGGCUCUUAAGGGAAUUGUCUUUCUGAGUGACAGUUUGU